GUUUCCUAUGUUUCCUGCCGUUGAUUUAAGCCCAAUGUAGGUUAAUUUGCGCUGUAACAGACCCCUGUCUUGUUCUUGCAAAAUUGAAAAAUCUAUUCAACAAUUCAAUAAGGAGGGAGCUGGUCGAUGUUAUUAUGUAAGAAUUUUUAAAAGAUGGAUGUACCUUUUUUGCAGCUAUGUCGGUUGGUCAGGGCAAGGUUGCUCUGCAAAAUCUGUGGGCGAUUCUCAAACAGAGUGCACCUGUAAUCAUUUGACUCAUUUCGCUGUACUCGUACAGUUUGGCACAGGGCCCGGCGAUAAAGUCUUAUCUGAGACAGACAAGAAAAUCUUGGAGGUCCUAACUUAUUUGGGUCUGACACUAUCUCUCAUUGGAAUUAUCCUAACAAUUCUAAGCUACGUUUUUCUUACGGAGAUGAAAAGUCCUUUAUCCCAGGUUCGUGUAAGUUUGGUUGCUUCGCUGUGCACAGCUCAAAUCAUAUUUCUGGCCGGGAUCCGUGCGACUGAGAACAAAAAAGCGUGUGUUCUGGUAGCAGCCCUUGAGCAGUACUUUUUGUUCGCCGCUUUCUGUUGGAUGUUCAUCGAGGGGGUUUACCUUUACUUAUUUGUUGUAAAAGUUUACAAUGUUUCAAGCAAGUUGAAGAUAUGCCACGGAGUUGCAUGGGGUAAGACCAAAUUUCAGCUAACUAAACAGGGUAACACUUAA